AUGACGCCACCGGCCCUUGACACCGCCCCCAAUCCAGCCAAUCCGGAGCCGCUACGUCACCCCAGCAUAGCCAAUCCGCGGAGCGACGGCGGGGCAGCUAUCGCUCCGCACAGGUGGGGCGGGCAAGCGGGAGGGAUCCAAACCCCAUGUGGGGGUCACGUGACACGGGUUCAGGCACCCACGUGGGGUGCGGGGUCACACGGGCGGGGCGGGGCCGGGCUCACGCGGGACGCAUGGAGCCGCCGGGGCCGCGCGUGGGCUUCGUGGGCGCCGGGCGCAUGGCGCUGGGGGUGGCCCCGUGUCCCCCCAGGGAAGGUGCCGGCCGCCCAGGUCUGGGCCAGCGCCCCCAGCACCCGCAACCUGCGCGCCUUCGAGGAGCUGGGCUGCAGGACCACGCACAGCAAUGGCGAGGUCGUGCAGAGCUGCAUCCUGGUCUUCCUGGCCACCAAGCCCCACGUCCUGCCCGGCGUCCUGCAGGAGAUCGCCCCCCUCGUGACCCCGAACCACGUCCUCGUGUCGCUGGUGGCGGGGGUCACGCUGCAGACCCUGGAGCAGAUGCUGCCCCCCGGGACCAAGGUGCUGCGGUUCAUGCCCAACCUGCCAUGCGUGGUGCAGGCGGGGGCGGUGGUGUUCGCGCGGGGGCGCUGCGCGGGGGAGCGCGAAGCUGCCGUGCUGCAGGGCCUGCUGGCGGCCUGCGGGCUGUGCGAGGAGGUCCCCGAGUCCUACAUCGACAUCCACACCGGGCUCAGCGGCAGCGGGGUGGCCUAUGUCUACAUGUUUGCUGAAGCUCUGGCAGAGGGAGCGGUGAAGAUGGGCAUGUCCGGGCCCCUGGCCAGCCGGAUCGCUGCCCAGACCCUGCUGGGAGCAGCCAAGAUGAUGCUGGAGACGGGGGAGCACCCGGCCAAACUGCGGGCGGACGUGUGCACGCCCGGCGGCACCACCAUCCACGCCCUGCACGAGCUGGAGAAGGGCGGGCUGCGGGCUGCUGUCAUGAACGCCGUGGAGGCUGGCACCAUUCGGGCCCGUGAGCUGGGCAAGAACUAGGGCCUGCAGCGCGGCACCACGGAGGCUGCCUGGAGCAUGCCAGGCCGCGGCAGGCGUUGCCGUCCUAGUCCUGCUCCUUCGUGGACUGCCCAGGGAGGUGGCUUUCCAUGGGAGGGUUGGGGCCUGGGCCUGCUCCAUGCCUGCUGGUUGUGUUCUCAGUGGGCCAUGGCUCCAAUAAAUGGUGCAGGCAGCUGCUGCGCUGUUCCCCUGGCUCCUCGGGGUCUCCUGUGUCCUGCGAUCAUAGAGAAGUGAGGCUGGAAGAGACCGGCAGAGGUCACAUCCAGUUCAACUCCUUUCUGAGGCAGGAUCAGCCCUGUCCAAACCAGCCCAGACGCAUCCAUCGUCUAAACUUUGUAAAACUGCUGUCAUCCCUGACAGCACCAGGUAGGACACCCUUCCUGCCCCCAGUGCAGCGUCGGUUUGAGCCCGAGUGGAGGGGCAGGACCCUGCUGUGUUGGUUCCAGCAGGAGCAUCGGCGCAGCCCAGUAGCUGCCCAACCUCUCCUUGACCACCUCCAGUGAUGGAGUGUCUCCCACUUCCCUGGGCAUCUCUCCCACUGCCUCCCUGCCCUGAACCAUGGAGGUUUUUCCUGACAUCCAACCUAAACCUGCUUUGACACAACUUCAA